AUGAUUGAAAGUUGCGGUUGUUGUCCACCAAUGGAACCACAAUGCCCACCAUUAUGCUCUACAUCGUGCCCACCGACACCUAUUUGUUGCUACACGUGUCCAGCACCAUACAAGUUGGAACCAAAAUCUAAUUGUUGUUCACCUGUACCAAUUACCUGUAUGCCAUGCCCCCCACAACCGCCACUGUUACCUUGCCCCCCGCGUCCUUUUGUUUGUCCGCCUUGCACAGGUCAUCCGUGUAUUACUUGUGCACCUUCACCUAAGCCAGUGCCAGCUCCUUUUGAAUGCGGACCUGUCUUUAGAGCACCUGUUACUACUGGUGGAUUAUUCUAUAUUGGAACAAUCAGGUGUCAUCCUUGUUUAUCAUAUGCUUGCUGA